AGCAUAGAAAGAAAUCGAAAGGUUUGGGGCUAGGGUUUCUACGUCUCCCGCGUUCUCCUCCGUAGUUCUCCUCCGUCUCUCUCUCGCUCUCGCGCUCGCGCUUCUGUGGCCGGAUUUGCGCUCUGCUUCUCUCCAGCCUCACCUCGAGUUGGGAUUGACUCGGGUUUUCGAUCCAUCCGCGCGCGCUCCCCGUGAUCUCUCGUGGGUGAAAAGGGGCCGAAGCGAAAGGGCGGAUUUUGGGGGGCACGAUGUCUCGUUGCUUUCCUUAUGCGCCUCGCGAGGGAUGCGUGAAGAGGGGGACGCUGAGGGAGACUUUGAUGGGGUCUCUUAAGCUCCAGAAGGAAAAGGAGAAGGCGGCUGAGACAAAAAGAAGUAAGCCAAACAAGAGGGAAAAGGAGAAGACAGAAACCCACUGGAAACCCUUGGGCAUUAAUGAUAGUAAGGUAAAGAGAUCAUCUCAUGAGAAACCACCGGCAGGAGUGAGGAAAAGAAAAGUUUUUGAUUCAGACUCCCCUCCAGCAAGUAAAGACUCCUCUGAGCAGGCGGAGAAGAGUUCAAUUACAGAAGAGCAUGAGCAACCAGUUGGUUACCUAUCUGAUGGGAGCAAGAGCAGCAACAAGAGUAGACAAGAUGCCUCAUCCUCUACCAUCGAAAGACGAGGCAACAUUCUCAGAAUCCGGCUGAAACGAGCAGCAGCACCCGAGAGUCCACUUGUUGGACAACCCGAGUGCACUACAUCCGGAAGAGCAGAUUUUCCCCCCAAGUACCUGCGUGAGACAAGUCAUGCGCCUUGUCAAAUCAAUACCCCUUCUGCUGAUUCAAGGGAGCUUGUAUUGGCGAAGCCAGAAACCUCUGCUCAAUUGGAUACAGCAUUUCAAACCGUCCCUUCAUCGUCCAGAAAUGAAUCGUCAGAGCUAGAAUCCGCAUAUGAAGCUCUGAUGGAUCAUUGGGUGCCCCUUCCUUUGGAUCACGGACUCGAUGAACCUGUCGACGAAGACUGGCUUUUCCAGACGAAGCGGGCGGAGGGCAAAGGCCCAAAGCGACCCAAAGCAGGGGACGAUGUCGUAAUCCCAUCUUCGUGGCCGCCGCAAGCCCAUUAUUUGCCCGCGGCCGAGAUUUAUGCCCUGCCUUAUACUGUUCCCUUUUGAUUUUUUUUCCCCUUUUCAAAUCACUUUGUAAAGCCGGCACAAACGUACAUAAGUUGAGCAAAACGAAAGAGAAAUUUUGUUCC